CUGAGGCAGCGUUGCUGAAGUUGUAGCGGGUCCCGGGUCCCAAUCACUGCACGCGAUAACAACAAGCAACACGCAGUCGUCUGUGUUUCAACAAAACAGAUUUGUUUACAACAAGUUGCGUCUUUAUAAACACCCAAGAAAUGAAGUAACGCUACUCCCUCUGGCUUGCAACUACGUUACUGAGAUCAGAAAAGUCAUGGUACUUAAGGAUGCCAACGGGUGAGAAUGACGAACGGGCAAACACCCGAGAACGAUUCAAUGAAGUCUUCAAGAAAUACACAGAGGGAGACAAACUGAAAAAGAAGAAAAAAGACAAAGUACAAGAUGACAUUGCCCUUCAAACUCUAAAGAAAAACCUCAACCUUGAAAAGCAAACAGACCAAGAUAACACUAUCCUCCAAAACACAUACGACCCUGAACAGGGCAGCCCUCGCUUCACAAAAAACAAACGCAGAGAGAAGGAAUCAUCAGAGAAGGUCAAUAACAGCUUAAACGAAGAGGAGACUCAGGGUUUGAAAGUCAAGAAGAAAAGCAAAAAAGAAAAGAGAAGACUGCCUCCUCUUCCUUCAGCAGAUGACAACAUCAAAGAGGUUUCCAAAUUUGAGAUAAUUUCAGAAACUGAUAAUGUGUCUGCACUUAAAGAGCCAAAGCGAAAAAGUAAAAAGGGGAGAGCCAAAGGCGACAAUCAGGACAUAGAAGGAAGACACUUGGAGGAUGCAGAGGACAAACUUUUGCUUGAUUACCAGCAGCAGAUUGCACAGGAGGAGGCACAGACAAAAGCAGGAGAGGAAACUACCGUCUCUCAGAAUGCAACACUCAAUAAUGAUGUUGGAAAGAAGAAAAAGAAGAAAUUAAAAUCUGCCCCACCAGACUUUGAUGUGGGGGGCCAAGAGGAGCAUGCAGACCCAAACUCUGAUACUGAAAAUGAAGUAGAGUCUAAAGGAAAAAAGAAAAAGAAGAAGAAGAAACAUGUUGCAGAGGAAGUGAAUGAAAUUGAAGCCACAGAAGAACGACAGAGACCAGCAUUUGAUGACAGUCUUGUUCUGGGGGUCUACGUUCACCGCACAGACCGCCUUAAAACAGACCUGCUCGUCUCACACCCCAUGGUCAAGGUCCAUGUAGUGGAUGAAAUCACAGGCCAGUACGUGAAGAAGGAGGACUGUCAUCGCCAAGUGUCCUCCUUUUAUGAAAGUGAGAGUGUAGAUCAUAUCCUGCCCAUCAUGACUCAACCAUUCGACUUUAAGAAAAACAAAACUGUCAUCCCCGAGUGGCAGGAACAAAUCAUCUUCAAUGAACGCUUUGGUUGGUUUGUGGAAAACCAGGAGGAGACCCCCAGAGUCUUACUUUUCUUUGAAAUCUUGGAAAUUAUGAGCAUGGAAGAAGCAGCAAGAGCCAAUGUCGACGGCCACAAACAUGAGCUGGGAUUUAAAAAGAUAGCAUGGGCAUUCCUUAAGCUUGUAGGAACAAAUGGUGUCUUGAACAUUGACAGUAAGCUCCGCCUCCAACUUUUCUGCCCUCCAGUCCGAGCCAGAAGGCAACCAAAAACUAUUGAGGUGGUUGAGUGGUGGAAAAAGUACCCUAGACACAAAUAUCCAUCCACACUUUAUAUUACAGUGAAAGGGAUUAAACUUCCAGAGCAUGUGGACCCAACUAUGCGUUCAAUGAUGGCAUUACAAGAGGAGAGGGGCAGCACUACUUACAGUGAGCUCCAGAAUGAAGUGACAAGGAAAAGCAUUUCUCAGGCUCUGGACGACAAACCGCCAAUCUUCAAGUGGAGUCGGCUCCCCGGCCAGGUUUGUAGGAUUCCUAAUAAGUCCAUGUUAGCAUUUCGUGGUGGUCAGAUGGGCUGCUUCACUGUGCUCUUCUCUAAUGCGGGGACCAUAAUGGCAGCUGCGUGUGCUGACAGAGAUGCUUUCCCUGUUGUGGUGUAUGAGAUCCCUUCUGGUAGAGUUUUGGCUGCCUUCAAUGGACACCUUAAAAUAGUCUAUGAUCUCUGCUGGUCCAGAGAUGACAAAAGACUUUUGUCUGCUUCUUCUGAUGGAACUGUCAGAGAGUGGGACAUUGAAAGACUGUCAGUAAAUGCCCGGAAGGUGCUCCCUCACCCCUCAUUUGUGUACAGUGCUCAGUAUCACCCAUCCGCCCAGAGCCUAGUGGUCACUGGAGGGUAUGACAGUCUCAUCCGUGUCUGGAGACUGGACGUACAAGAUGUGAAUGGGCAACUACUGCACGAGUUUGAAGGACAAUCAAGCUUCAUCAACAACAUUUGUUUUGACUCAGAGGGAGGGAGAAUGUUUUCUGCAGAUAAUGCUGGUACAAUAAUUGUUUGGCAAAGUUUGGUGAAAGACAGUUAUCGUCAGCCCUGUCAGCACUGGUGCAUAGAAAGGAAAAUUGAAGAGGCAGAUCUCCGAGGUGUUCCUAUCAACAAGCUGCAGCUCCAUCCAAAUGGGCGCUGUCUGCUGAUCCAUGCCAAAGACAGUGUCCUGAGAAUGAUUGAUUUGAGAAUUUUGGCUGUAAAGAAAUACACAGGUGCCACAAACUACAAAGAGAGGAUCUAUAGCACUUUCACACCAUGUGGUAACUUCAUUUUCUCUGGAAGUGAAGAUGGCAUGGCGUAUGUCUGGAACACGGACACUGGAGACCAGGUGGCAGUGUACUCAGAGCUCUGUUACCCCUCUCCACUCCAUGGGGUGUCCUUCCAUCCUCAUGAAAACAUGGUGGCCUUCUGCACCUUCGGACAGAGCCAGCCCAUCCAUGUGUAUAUUUACGACCGCAAAGUUUCUCAGCUAGAGGUGCACAAUAUAAAGGGACUGAGCCGAGCGACUUCCGUAGAUCCAAGGACUGUGAGGAACACCCCGGACUCUGUACUGCACCCGGACACGCCCAUCUCGUCCUCCGCAGCUCUGGACCAGUUUGCCCAAUCCACCAGACUGGCCCUGCGAAUGCAAACUGUUAAAGAGCAACUGGACUCAGUGCUAGAAACACAUCAGAGGUCCUCAAAUUCUGGAUUACUUUUUGAACAAGACAGAAAAGGCCUUGGAUGGGGCUUGACGACUGACACUGGCAUGAUGGGAUUAAAGAGCCCGUUGCCUCCUCCCUCUCUCAUGUCUCCUCACUCUAAGCUGCAGCUCUCAGGGGUCCUGACCGAGCAGCUUAUCCCACAGGCCGCUCUGAGCACACACAACCGUGGCUUUACUCCAGUGGGCCAACGUCUGAGAGGAGCGGCUUCAUUCAGACUUCCAAGGACACUGCGUGAUAGUGUGUCUUCAGCUAUUCUUGGAACUACAGAUGCUUCCCAAGUUGAACAAGUGGUUAUUGCUCUCUACGACUACAAAGCCAGUCGAUCGGAUGAGCUCACAAUCCACAGAGGGGACGUGAUCCAGGUGCUUUAUAAGGACAAUGAGAACUGGUGGUUUGGACAACUUUCCAAUCGGCAGCAGGGGUACUUCUUGGCUUCAUAUGUGAUGGACGAGAGGGACUACAACGAAGAUGCAUCAAAGAGAGUAGAGACUCAAGCUGCAUUGUCUGAAGGAACCGCGGAUCGCUCCACACCCACAAGAGUGUCAGCUGCCAUUAGCUCUUCUGGGGAGCUUAGGUUUCUCUCUGAACCAACUCUUUCGGACACAGAGCCGGAGCUGAUCAGCACAAAAAGUAAAAGAAAGAAGAAGUUGAAAAAGCCUGGCUUGUUGUCCAUGUCUUCAUCUCGGGGGACACUUUCAGAGGCAGAUGUGGCAGGUCCCAGCACCAGGACCAUCCAGACUUUAGACAAACCAGUCCGGACUUCAGGAAGACCACUGCCAAAGAGACCCGGUGGAAAGACCAAUGGUGCCUUUGAACCUGAUCCCUGAACUCAAAGGGACAUUUUCAUAUUUAAAAAAAAGUAAUUAUUUGCAAAACAGUGCUAUUUUGUAUUAAUUUGUUUACACUUUUAAACAUAAUGCAUCUAGUUUCUUUUGUAUUUUUGUAAACUAGAAAAUUUUACUUUGUGUAUAUUUUGUCAUUCUUAAAACUGAAGUAAGAAUAAUCUUUAUAGCGUUUUUAGAUUUUUCUUUGUCAAUAUAUGGAUAUAUAUAAAAUCCAGCAGUUCCUUAUUGUGGCUUUGAAUUGCAUUUGAUGCACUUCUUAGUUGGUUAAAAUCCCAUAACAUGAUGUUAAAAACUGCGCUCAAGCUUAGUGUGUGAGCCAGGUAGCCACAAAAGCCACAAAAGCUGCAUCCACAUAAAUUAUGGAAACAUUUGCAUUCUUUAAAUAUGAUCUGAUCACUCUAAAAACUGGUACACACAUCAUAUUGAUAAUAUGCCAUAUAAAUAUGCCUUACAAUACAGUCCCACUAUACUAAUACAUUUCAUACUAUGUCCAUACAUAUUGUGUUACCAACACUUAAAACAUGGG